CUACCUACCUACCUACCUACCUACCUACCUACCUGGUAUCUUUUAAUUUUGAUUUUGAUUUUGAGUGAUUUGGUUCAUUUAAUCCAUUCAAUCUCGAAAACAAACAAUCGAUCAAUCAAUCAACCAAGGAAACAAGAUAAGAAGAAGGAGAAAAAGGAGAAGAAACAUGCCUUCAGAAACGCAAAUGCAAAUGCAAACAACAUUCGACGCGAAAAAUGAUGUGGGAUUGAAAAGGUUGGGUUUCUUGAUGAAGGGGUGGAAGAGUAGUGGGGAGGGGUAUAUUGGAUGGGGUCAUGAUCUCCUACCUUCACUCUCACUUUCUACAGAUGCGGAACAUCAUUUGGAGAAUGUGACGACGUUUGUUUUUAAACCGACGGUGCAUCAUUGUAACGCAAACUCCACCGUCCACGGCGGCUGCAUCGCAACCGUCUUCGAUGCCUGCACAUCCGUUGCACUGAUGGGUCGCUACAGUGCUCAGAAAUGGGGUGGUGGUGGUGUGAGUAGAGGAUUGGGAUGUACUUAUAUCAAGGGAAUUAGUAUUUUUGAGGAAUCUGAAGGAGAAGAAAAAGGGAAGAAUGAUGUUUUGGUAGAGUGUGAAGUUGUGGGGGGGUUGGGAAAGAGAAAUGUGGUUUUGAGAGGAACAAUGAAACGCAGAACCGGAGAAGUCCUAGCCAUUUGCGAACAUAGUAAAGUGAAUAUUGUGGGUGUGGAAUUACCUGCUUCUGGUUCAAAGGAGAAGGAGAAGAAAGAGGGAGAGGGAAAGGGAAAAGAGUCAAAGUUGUAGAUUUGGGGGUGAGGGUUAUGAGCUAUGGGAUGGGGAGGG